GGGAGAGCCGCCCGGUGGGGGAGCGUGGGCGCGGACGGGAGGUUCCGGAGCGGGUGUGGGGUUGAGGCAGCGAGCGGAGUAACGGGAGCGAGAGGGAAUUAUUUUGAGUGCGGAACUCCCCGGUUCCCCUCGCCACUUCCGGGUCGGUGCCAGAAGCAAGAGCUUGGGCCACCAAUCCUGAGCUGUAGACCACUAAGCUCAGCAUCCUGACUUGGUGCUGCCUUUGGGAUGGAUCAAGAUGGUGACUCAAGUGAUCAGCCCAGGGGCCAGGACCCACUCCUGUUGCUGAAAACCCUUCAGCCUCUCUGGACAAUGAAAAAGAUGAAGAAGCUUCAGGAAGAAAUCAGGCGGGGCUUUGCAGAACUGGAGGACCCAUUGGCAGGACUCCUGGACAUGCUGGAAGGCAGCGGUGGUUGGAAGGGGAAAGGGCAUUCCCUCGGGUAUUGCAUCACCACCGAGCUGCAGCUUUGGAUAGAAGAACAUCCUGCUGUUCAACAGUCUGGCAUCAAGCUGAAGAAGCUGCAGGCCCGUGUACUCAGCAUCCUAGCAGAGUGCCCAACUAAUCUUCUUGACCCUCUGAUUAGCAUUUACCAGCUCCAUACAGCAGACCGGAACUAUUUGCUUGAACAUGUCACUCAUCUUUAUCAGCAGGGCAAUUACAAAGAGGCAGCCAUACUGAGCAUUAGGCUAAAAUUACAAUCACAUCAAGAUGUGGAGAAGAUGUGUACACCACUACUGCUCCAAGAUAAAACCAACUUGGUGGAAGAUUAUGUGAGAGACUAUCCUGAGCUCCAGAGCAAGCUCUUGCAGAUCCUGGACACGUGGUGUGAACCUGGGUUUAAUAUCAGAGACAUCACAAGACAAUAUCAAGGCCUCUCCAGGUGCAAACCAGAUAAAUUUAACCGGAAAAUGCUGAGCAAGUUGGUCUUCAGGCUCCUGGGGCUGUUUCAUGUAGAUCCAGCUCUCUGCCCUAAUGCCAUAAAUCAGAGGCACUUGAGAACCCUGAACUACCUCUUUUACAAGAGGUUUGUUGAGAAAACCAUGACUCAGGAGAAUUGGAGAGAUCACAUUCAGAGCACAGUUGGGGAGAAUCGAUGGCUCCAAGGGCACCUGAUCCAGUUGCUUAUCAAGUACUGUGAUUUGCCCACAGCAGCAAGAUGGGCACAGUGCUGCAAUGUGCCCAAGGAGAUGUUACCUCAAGAAGUGGCUGAUGAGCUUCAAAAGCUUCACAUCCAAGAGAGGGAAGAAGAGGCUGUGAAAACAGACAGUCAUGAAGAAAGUAAGAAGAAGGAUUAUUACCAGCUUCCUAUUCCACGGGCAAAUAUUCACUUCCUACAGACAUGGGAAGAGACACAGCAGUGCUGGGAAAAGGUGCUGCAGCCUGGGCAGGUUGUUGGCAUUGACAUGGAGUACAAGCCUUCAUUUGGCAUGGUUGGGAAGCCUCCUGUCUCCCUCCUCCAAAUUGCUCUGAAGGAUGAGGUGUUCCUGCUAGACCUGCCAAAGCUUCUGGAGCAAGCUGAGACUGAGGGUGAGAAGGAGAAGCUUCCUCAUUUCAUCCAGCUGCUCUAUUCAGAUGCAGCCAUCACUAAACUAGGUUAUGGGAUGUCUGGAGACCUCAGCAGCCUUGCAGCCACUUGUUCUGCUUUGAAAGACACCGACAAGCGAGCACGAGGUGUGCUGGACCUGCUCCAAGUAGACAAACAACUGCAAAAGAGCUUCACUGACUCCAAGAAGGGUGGCCAGAAGGUAGAUGCACUGGAGCAGAGCUGUGAGGAUAAAGGUUCCAGGCAACAGGAGAAAGGACUCAGCCUCAUGGUGCAACAUGUGCUGGGGAAGCCUCUGGAUAAAACAGAGCAGCUGUCUAACUGGGAGAAACGGCCUCUGAGGGAGGAACAGAUCCUCUAUGCAGCUUCAGAUGCAUACUGUUUACUGGAGAUCUAUGAGAAAAUCUGUAAGGAUCCAGCAAGCUUUGGUCUGAGCUCAGACCUGACUGAAAGUCUGGUGGGAAAACCAAGCAUAAAACCCAUGGCAACGAAGCAGCUGCAUAAACAAGAAGUACCAUCACCUUCUGGACAGCAAUGCAAAGGAUCUACCAAGGAGACCUCAUGUUCCUCUGCUCCCAUCUCCCCAAAGGAUUUCAAGGUGGUCUGUGACAACAUGCUGCAGGGCCUUGGGCGUUACCUUCGCUGCCUUGGUGUCGAUGUCCAGAUACUGGAGAAUGAGGAUGAUCACAGGAAAGCUGCUGAGAUUGCCCGACAGGAAGGAAGAGUCAUUUUAACCUCUGGACUCCCAUAUCGGACUCUGCAGUCCCAAGUAGCAGAAGGAAGGUGUUUCUCUGUCAACUGCUCAGAAAAGGCAAAAGAACAGGCCCUUCAGGUUCUGAAGCACUUCAACGUUCAGGUGUCCCUGGCAGACAUCUUCAGCCGCUGCCAGGUGUGCAACUGUGACAGGUACCUAAAGAUCCCCAGGGAGAGGAUGAAGCAGCUGGUGGAGGACAGCAGGCUGGCACAGGGUGGCAGUGGCUCAGGUUGCCUGGUGAGGUUUGUGGAGCCCAGCUGGAGCCAUGAUGCCACCAUGCCAGCCUGUGACACAGCCCAGCCCAGUGACACCCGGCACAGGGAGCAGGAGGAGCAGCCAGGGGGGUCUGUGGUGGUGGCAGAGGGGACAGUCCUGCAGGUUGACAGCAUCCCCCCUGGGGUCCUGGACAGAGCUGGGCUCACUGACUUCUACUGCUGCUCCCACUGUGGGAAGGUGUUUUGGGAAGGAUCCCACUUUGGACACGUCGUCUCCCAGUUUCAUGAUGUCCUUGUCCCUGCUGGGGACAAGCAGGGUAUCUAUGAGCUGAGCUGAGUGGGGACACUGGGGCUGGAGAUGCCUCCACAGUGCAGUGGGGACCACAGGGAACAUGUUCCCUGGUGAACCUGAUCAGAUUCAGGGUGGAGGUUUCUCGUGUGAGGCUGGAAGGGGCUCUUGUUUUGGGGGCUGGGGGGGGGGACAGUCACAUUUACACUCAUGGCUUGUGACACCCCAAGGAUACGUGGCCUCUAUGAGAUCAUUAAAUCAGAGGUGGUUGGGAAAUGGCCCAUUUGUUUUAUUCCUGCCUCUCCCAGGCUGGAUAUGGCAGGAGUAGGGCAGAGCUCUCCAGAAGACCAGCCUGACCAGUGCUGACCCCUUGUCUCCUGCCCCUCUGCUGGGUCCCUCAUGCUAUGGAGCUGGGAGCUGCAUCCCCAACAGCAGCACCCAACCUCCCUCCAAGGGGGACGGAGCAUCUCUGCUUCCAGUGUUGAAUCCUGUGUCAUCUCCUGGUCACUUCUAGGCCUUUAUCUGCCUUCCAUCUCCUUCAAUCUGUGAGCUCUGGUGCUUACAGCCAUCAGCUGCACUGGGGUAGGCUCAUCACCCCGGGACUUGGUUUAGGAGAAGACUCAGGGGAGACUCUGGAAGUUCCUGUGUACCUGUGGGCAUGGCAUGAAAUGGCUCCCAAAGGGUCUCAUCCAGCUCCUGGGGUUGGGGCAGGGACUGACAGCCUGCACAGCACCUCUCACCUCUUUCAGCUCUCCACAGGAGGUGAUGCCAAGGUGAGAUCUGUACAGCAAGGUCAUCUCCAGUCAUAGACACAGACAGCAUCAAACUCCACACUGGACUGGCCUUGAGCAGUAUCCAGGAAGUCAUAAAUUGUCCACUCUUGAAUGGUGGAUACACAUCAAAGGGAAUUAAACCAGC